GUAUAGUUUUCAUGUGGAUUAGAAUCACAGGGUUUUGUUUGUUAUGCAUAUGCAUGGAUCUUGGUCUUUCACCCUAAUGAAAGAACAUAAAUGAGGUUGUUUCAGAACUGGGCGCUAAGGAUGUCACUAUUCAGAAGACAGUGAAAACAAAGUAGGUGUAAAUGACAGAAGAUUCAUAUUGUUUAAAUGUGCAUAAUUUUUAGUGGCCCCUGCACACUUUGCCAUUACAGUGCGACUUUCUUUGAUAUUAUGUAUGUGAUAUUUAACAUUAGACUUAGUAGUGUAAUGACAGUUCUAAAUCUAUUUGCAGAUUACAUCACCCUAUGUUGGCAGUUGGGAGUGAUGAUCCAAACACUGCAAAUGGAGGCAAAGUAUUCAUUUAUGAAUUUAGCGAAAACUCUCGCCGUUGGUCAAAAACUGAGACUUUAGUAGGUGUAACAGAGGCUGUCCAUGACAUUGCUUUUGCACCAAAUCUGGGCCGUAGUUACCAUCUUCUUGCAAUAGCUACAAGUAAUGUGCGGAUUAUCACUUUAAAACCUUUGCA